ACUGCUCAUCUCCUAACAUCACUGGACACAACGCUGCCACUGCCACGUACUGAGCUUGCUGUCUCUCUAAAACUUAUCAUUUCAUUUAAGGAGAUUUAUUUUAUUCUAUUUUUCUCCUCGCAACCUUCUUUCAUAAUGGGAAGCUGUCUGACGGUGGGGCCAAACAAAGCGUUGGUGAUCUCAGGUGGCUGCUCCGGUUCUAAUGAGAAGGUCUACAUCGUUGGCGGCUGGGCCUGGGCUUGGUGGUGCAUCACUCGUGCUCAAAAGUUGAGUCUGGAGAUCAUGACUCUGCAGCCACGAUGCGAGGAUGUGGAGACGUCGGAGGGAGUCGCCAUCACUGUGACAGGCGUGGCCCAGGUGAAAGUCAUAAAAGAGCAAGACCUGCUGGCUUUAGCAUGUGAACAGUUCCUCGGUAAAAGCGUCACGGAAAUCAAAGCUUUGCUGCUGCAGACGUUGGAGGGACACCUGCGCGCCAUUUUAGGCACCUUGACUGUGGAGCAGAUCUAUCAGGACAGAGACCAGUUUGCCAAACUGGUGCGGGACGUUGCCUCUCCUGAUGUGGGCAGGAUGGGCAUCGAGAUCCUCAGCUUCACUAUAAAGGAUGUCUACGAUAAAGUGGACUACUUGAGCUCCUUGGGGAAGACUCAGAGCGCUGCGGUCCGGAGGGAUGCAGACAUCGGCGUGGCUGAAGCAGAGAGGGAUGCUGGGAUACGGGAGGCCGAAUGCAAGAGGGAGAUGAUGGAUGUGAAGUUUUUGGCGGACACCAAGAUGGCCGACUCCAAACGAGAGCUGGAGCUGCAGAAAGCUAUGUUCAACCAAGAGAUCAACACCAAGAAAGCCGAGGCCCAGCUGGCCUAUGAGCUCCAGGCAGCCAAGGAGCAGCAGAAGAUCCGGGCAGAGGAAAUACAGAUUCAGGUUGUGCAGAGGAAGAAGCAGAUCACCAUUGAGGAGAAGGAAAUCGACCGAAAGGACAAAGAACUUGUUGCCACCGUGAAGAGACCCGCUGAGGCCGAGGCCUACAAGAUGCAGCAGCUGGCUGAGGGGCAGAAGAUAAAGACGGUGCUGAUCGCUCAGGCCGAGGCGGAGAAGAUCAAGAUGAUCGGAGAGGCUGAGGCUUCCCGCAUAGAAGCAGUGGGGAAAGCCGAGGCCGAGAAGAUGAGACUGAAGGCUGAAGCCUUCCAGCAGUAUGGAGAGGCAGCGAAGAAGGCUCUGGUUCUGGAAGCUCUGCCCAGGAUUACUUCAAAGGUGGCGGAACCGCUAGCCAAAACAAACGAGAUAGUUAUCCUCAGCGGGGAGGGCAGCCGUGUGACUGGAGAAGUCAACCGCCUGCUGGCCGAACUUCCUGUGUCCGUCAACGCCCUCACCGGGGUGGAUCUGUCAAAGAUCCCUUUGCUGCAGAAGAUGACCGGCACCGAGGCCUGAACGUCCAGGACGCCACGCCGUCCAGUCUCCACCGUAUGCACUCUCAUAGACUGCCUUUGAUACGUGUCGCUUUUUCUACCUAUUCUCUGUAAAACCAAGAGGAUUCUGGUUACCUCUGGUGCCUUAUUUUACACAGGGCCAGAAAGAUCUGCAUGCACUGUUGCUCGCUCUAGCUACUAAUUUAUCAGGGUGAAAAUCAAACCACGGGGGCUGUAUGUUUCAUCCUUAGGCUGACCCGAUGGUACAAUACCUGCUGAAUCUGAUCCAGGUUACAAUUUUUAUUGUGACUAAUUUAUUUAGCUAUUUAUUUCCUCAUAUUUUUCAUAUGAAGGAGCUGCUGUUGUUACUGUGGUACGAUCUGCAUGUUGCAGGGAUUUUUCUUUAUAUACCUCUCAUUUUAGACAUUUUUGGGGAUUUGUGUAAGAGUUCAUUUAGUUUCAAAUUUGGUCAGUUUUAUGAACUUGGUGCUUUAAGUGUCAUUAGUUGAUUCUUUUUAACAUAAAAAGGUGCUUGAAUUCUUGAAAAGGCCAUUCGAGUUGAGCUCUGAACUGUUUUUUUUCCUUCUGACUUCCUUCUAACUUUAUUGAUAACAAAGGUUUUUGCAGAAAAUAAAACAGGUAGAAAAACUCUAAACACUGUCUGCUAGUGACGAGGUUCUUCAGUGUUUGGAGACGAUCUUAACUUGAAAGUGUGGCUGCACUGAAGAGUGCAUAACUUAAAUCUAAGGGACGGAAAGAUGGAAAUAAUUUAGGGGAAUUCUGUCAAGGAAAUGUCAACAUAAACGCCGAAAUGGCUCUGCCAAAUUGGGAAGGUUUGCAUUUCAUGCCGCAGUUUCCCACAGAUCCAAAGCCAUUUUUAGCUGUUUAUAGAGAAAUGCAUUUGCUGAUUUCUUUAACUUUUUCUGUAAGUUUCCUUUGAAGUUUCGAGGUCCAAUUGAGUCCUGCUGUACUGAACCCGUACUUUUAUAGCCAAUGAAAAGAUGGUCGAUAAGGACGGAGGUUAGAUCCAGACGUCUUCUCUCAGGCAGAUCAAUAAAAACCAUUCGAGGUUGGUGUAGAAAAUGAAGACUGUUAUUGUUAUUUAAGCAUUAUUUAUAUAAGUUACAUGCCACUGUGUUUAAGAAGAAGCAAUGAAAACCAAAAUGUUUCAUUUAUUUUUUGCAUGUCAUUAAAAUGUUUGAAUUUA